AUGUAUCGACGCAGCGACCCUCGCUUCCGCCGCACCAUCAAUGAGAUAUCCCAGACCAUCGAGAGUGCCAAUGAGUCCGCCCAGGCCAACAUCUUUACUUUUUCCCACAGAUACCUCGGUCCUUGCUUCUCGUCCAUUGGCAGUUGCUUCCAAUCAUGCUCCUCCUGCUUCCCAUGUUGCGACGAUAGACUACAUCGCUCUCGCGCCCGUACACAUACCCGCCCCGAGCUGAGCUUCGACUUCUAUGACGAUUGGGACCAUGACGAAACGGCCGGCCUGCUGGCAUGGGACAACGAUGACUUCGAUAGGCUGCAAACAGGAGGAGGAUACGGCGCUGGUGCUGUUUCCGAUCAACCCGCUCGCGAGCGUGCUAUGAGCUAUGGUGCUCGCCGUGACAAGUACGGUCGUCGCAAGAGCCAACCGCGGAACGACCCCGAAUCAGACCCUACCCUGAUUCCUGCCUCGUCUUACUUUGGCUUCCUCGGCAGGUUUUCUAACAGGCUCACUGGAGCCAAGACCCUACGCUACAAACCAUCCGCUGCCGAUCUACAAGAACACCCUGGCGCCUCGAGGACUAUGCCAUCACUUGCCGAAGAGGAUGACGAGUUUUCUCCUAGAAAGAGAAGCAACACUGCCGGAAGCAACGGGACUGCCGACUCUUUCAGCUCGAGAGGUGAUCUGUUCCCAAGCGAGGACGAGGAUGAUGCCCGCGAGCUCGACGACGAAUUCGCCAUGGUUCUCGAACGUCGCACUACGGGUGCUGGCCUAGAAGAUGUAGACAACAACGGUAAAUCCCGUCGCCCGGGGAAACGACCAAGUACCGGUUCUAGGUUAUCUACUCGGACCAUGUCAAGUAGAAGCACACGCAGCUCCAAGCGGCGGUCUCGUGCAGCUAGCACUUCGCCGUCAAGGGAAGCUACCGUCGAGCCCAAGCCCAUACCGUCCCUAACGGAACUCAAACAAGAAGAGGACAGGUUACGGGAAGAGGAAGAAGCCGCUAUUGCGAGUAGAAGAUAUGCUGCCAGAGGUCUUGCACUGAAGCGUGGACUGAGCGUCAGUGAGCAGUUACCCAUGGCCCCCGAUCCCCUGUCUGGAGAGCCAAAGCCGGUAGUGAGUCCUGAUGUCAUUGAGGAUGUUCACAAUGACCAGGAUCGGAAGAAAGAAAGUCCACUAAAUUUUGAAUCAUCUACGAACGACAAGGUAACGAGCAGCGACACUGUUCCUUUCCCAAGCUUCAACUCGGACAUGGCAGCGUCAGAGGAUGAAGUCGAGUUUGCUGAAUUUGUACCGGCCCAAUUACCUCGGUUUACAGGCUCAUGA